CAACGAUAUAAGUUUUAUCAAACUAGCUAGGAGUCAUAGUGCAAAAGAGUACUGUAUUUUAGAUAAUGUAGGAAGUCAGAGUCAUUACCAAAAAAUCUUUUCCGUAAACAAAUUAAUUAUCCAAUCAUAUUUGCUUACUUUCCAACAAUUUUUCCUUUAACUCUUUUAAUUCAAAACGGGAAGGAACACUGGCCGGGUAUAUAUAGGGAGAGAGAGAGAGGAAGAAGCAAUAAUUUAGAGGAAAUAGGGAAGAGAGAGAUGGAGGAAGAAAUAGAAGAGUGUGAAGCAUCAUCGGAAACCCAGGAAUCUGGUGGGUGUGGGGAGAAGAAUAGAUCGAGUAAGAGGAGGAAGAAGAAGAAGAGCAAGAAGAGCGGUAAGCGGUUUAGCAAUGAACAAGUGAGGUCACUGGAGAGCAUCUUUAGGCUGGAAACAAAGCUGGAGACAAAGAAGAAAGUGCAGGUGGCCACAGAUUUGGGGCUCCAACCUCGCCAGGUCGCCAUAUGGUUUCAGAACAAAAGGGCAAGGUGGAAAUCCAAGCAGAUGGAGCACGAAUUCAGAGUCCUCAAAUCCGAGUUCGACAGCCUUAAUGCCCAGUUUGAUGAACUCAAAAGAGAAAAAGAGUAUUUGCUUUUGCAGUUGGAGGAACUACAAAACCAGCUAGAAAGGAGUGGAAGUGCAGGGCAGAGAAAGAAUCAUCAAGACACACAAAGCCGGGAGAGGCCUACCGAUUCAGAAAACAGAAAUGCAGGGUUGGGGGCGUGUGAAACUCCAAUAGUAUGCGUAAAUAAUGGUGGAAGACGAGCAAGCAACAAUGGGUUUGUUGAGCGCGACAUAGAAGAAGAAAAAGAAGAAGAAGAAGUGGAGUUUUUGAACCUGGUGGAGUUAGGUGGCAGCCCUUUCGCCUCGCCGGAUCACUGGUGCAGUGGCAGCUUGAACAGCCCUUUUGACGACGACUCCUGUGGCCCUUCAAAAUGGUGGGAGUUUUGAGCUGUCAUGUACGUCGUCUUCUAUCUGUAUGUAUAUAUAUAAUUAGUGCUUCGUCUCUUGGAUGCAAAUUUAUGUACAGAGUAGCCCGCCAGGCCGAGGAGGGUGUUGGUUGGUGCUUCCACUUUUAGAUAGAAUAAAAUACGGAGUAACUAUUUUGCACAAGGGAUUCAAAAGGGCCACUAACACGCUUCUCAUUCGAUUCUCUUUGUAGUCAUGGCCGAAAAUAAGAGUGUAUAAACCAAAACCUUUUUGUUUGUUGUUAUUUUCCUUCUUUUAAGCCUUUUAAUAAACCAGUAAAACCCUCUCUUCCUUCCUUUCAUUCCCUGCCCAAAUAAACCUCACAAUCCCAACACAACACCCACAAAGAGCCAAAACCAUGACCCACCUCCAGCCCCUACUUCCUGCCCAUGUUUUCCCUCACAGGAAGUUUUCCCCCUAUGUGUGUGUAUUUAUUUCGGCCUUAGGCCCUUUUGUGAGACUCACAUUGUAAUUCCAUUUUCCAUUUAGUAAUACACUUGUUGUGUUUGCUAUUUAAAUUCCUAAAUCUAUAUCUUAAGAGUGGUUAUCUUAAGUGUGAGUUUUAGGUUCUAGAUAUUUAAUUAAGUGUGUUAUAUCUUAAUUAAGUUCUAGACUUAACCCCAAGUUAAGAUAAGAGUGUGUAAUAUCUCUUAAACACCAACUUGUAGUAGUAGUAGUAGUAGUAGUAGUAGCAGUAACAACAACAACAACAACAACAAGAAUAAUAAUAAUAAUAAUAAUAAUAAUAAUAAUAAUAAUAAUAAUAAUAAUAAUAGUAAUAGUAAUAG